CUCCCUUCCCAGACGAGCAAUAGCCUUUCCUCGCCCCUGCCCCUGGCAAUUACCCUUUUGCCCUCACCGGCGGUGUCGACCAUCCGCCGCCGUAUCCCGUGAGAGAGCCGGCGGUAGCCCGAGGAGUCUCCCAUGGCGGCCAUAUCGUCGCUUCCUUUCGCUGCACUGCGCCGAGCGGCCGACUGGAGGCCGUCAACGGCGACUGCCGCGGUGAGCGUCUCCGGUGGCGUCAUGCUCAACGCGAGGGCUCGGCGGGGAUCACGUUCGGUGGUGCGCUGCGUCGCUACGGCUGGUGGUUUAAUCUGGAUGGUACUAUCAAGAGAGUAUGUAAAGCACUACUGGAAACUAAUCGAGCGAUGCAAACUAAGACAUUGAAUGGUUCAACUAAACCAAUUGGUAGCAAUUCUGUUGCAGAUUGAACCAGCAGAGCAAGUUUACAGUGUCUGAGUUAGUGUGCCACCUUGUUAUUAAAUUUAAUGGAUACUUAUUCGUUAAGCUGGUGAGGUCUCAAUUGGUGAAGGCACCGACCUGUGCCUUUCAUGGUCUCAGUAACGUCUUGCACAUGCAGUCUAUGACUCCAGGAGUUUUCCAGCGACUAAUGCUUUUACUUGUUUAUUUUAGGCCGAUUUAUAAAAACUUUUGUUGAGUUUCAGUUUCCUAGCAAAGUUUAGAUAUUUUCUGUUAAGCGGCGAGGCCUCUACAUGGGGCUGCAAGGACUGGAAGGUCAUGCUGCUAAACUCUUCAAUCCUAACAAUUGUCGAUUUUGGAUUGGUUUCUGUGAUGGACUGAUGAUUAGUGUUUCAGUCUGUUAAUAGGGUAUUUGUGCUAUAAGUCCCUUAAUUUAUCCACCAUUUGUGCCUGUGCUAAAAACUAUACAUGCCUUGUGCAAAAAAAGUUUAGGGUCAACUGUUGGAAGGCUGAAGAUUUUUGUUAGUUGAAUUAUGGGUAUCAGUCCAACUUCCUUGCUGCUGGGACUUGGUAACGUGUAGCAACUACGAUGCAGUCUGAAGCGUUUUGAGCGUGUAUAAAAUGCACAUAAAGAGAAAUGAUAUCCCACCUACUGUGGCAGAUACAAAGAUGAACUUCCUGAAGUCAUACAAACGUCCUAUUCCAAGCAUUUACAGUACAGUCCUACAAGAACUUUUGGUGCAGCAACAUCUGAUGAGAUACAAAAGUACCUAUCAGUAUGAUCCUGUGUUUGCUCUUGGAUUUGUCACUGUCUAUGACCAGCUUAUGGAAGGGUACCCCAGCACCGAGGACAGGGAUGCCAUCUUCAAGUCAUACGUAACGGCGUUAAAUGAAGAUCCUGAGCAAUACAGGGCUGAUGCACAAAGGAUGGAAGAGUGGGCACGCUCACAAAAUGGUAACUUGUUAGUUGAAUUUUCUUCCAGAGAUGGGGAAAUAGAGUCCAUUCUGAAAGAUAUAUCAGAAAGGGCCCAGGGUAAGGGAAACUUCAGCUACAGCCGGUUCUUUGCUGUUGGCUUGUUCCGUUUGCUUGAGCUCUCAAAUGCGACGGAGCCAACCGUACUGGACAAGCUUUGUGCUGCUCUAAACAUCAAUAAAAAGAGCGUGGAUAGAGACCUUGACGUUUACCGCAACUUACUCUCGAAACUGGUUCAAGCCAAGGAACUUCUCAAGGAAUACAUCGAGAGGGAAAAGAAGAAGAGAGAGGAGAGAUUGGAGACGCCCAAGCCGAAUGAGGCUGUUGCAAAAUUCGAUGGAAGCGCUUAUCCCUUGAAGCAUUAACUCAACCUUUCCCCAGAGGACAGCUUGUCCGGAUAACAGAUAUUAACAGUUAUACACAUCUGGAUAGCGUUGAGAACUAUUGGGGGCAUCUUUGGCUGCUCUUCGCCCGAGUGUAGUACUCGGCCGUACAAAAAGAUCCAGAUUAUUCGUAGUAUUGAGUUUGGUAUUUUGUAAUUUCUCCUUCUAUGUGUUCGAAUGUUAUCGUUUUCUUCACUUCUUUGACAAUAUAUGAAGAGGUAUCUGGUGAUGAAUGUUACAAGAUGAGAAAAAAUAUAUAUUUUGGUGAAAAAGAAAUCAUUCCGACUAGUGUUGUUUAUCUGAA